GGCGGCAAAUGCCAAAUAGUGAUAGUUUCAUCUAUCCUCCUUUUUAAAACCUUUUUUUUUCUUUCAGUGUGUCCCUCUCACUCUCUCUCAUACAAAUCACAAAUAAAAACCCCAAAACAAAAAAACAGAGUUGAUAAGAUUAUAACUUCUGUUUAUUCCUAUUUAUUUAUAUAUAUAUAUACACUUAUUAUUAAUAAGAUCUACUCCUGUCUUCCCCAAGAAUCUGGCUGUUUUUAUGAUGGAGAAUAGUAAAACCAGUGCUGGGUUUUCUUCCCCAAGAACUGAUACUUUUCCAGCUGGUUUAAGGGUUCUUGUUGUUGAUGAUGAUCCUACUUGGUUGAAGAUUCUUGAAAAAAUGCUUAAGAAGUGUUCUUAUCAAGUGACAACAUGUGGUCUAGCACGAGAGGCUUUGCAUGUGCUCCGAGAGAGAAAGGAUGGAUUUGACAUUGUGAUCAGUGAUGUUAACAUGCCUGACAUGGAUGGAUUUAAGCUUUUGGAGCAUGUUGGACUUGAGAUGGAUCUUCCUGUCAUUAUGAUGUCUGUGGAUGGUGAAACAAGCAGGGUGAUGAAGGGUGUUCAACAUCGUGCAUGCGAUUAUCUUUUAAAGCCUAUACGGAUGAAAGAACUUAGAAACAUAUGGCAGCAUGUACUCAGAAAAAAGAUGCAGGAGGCAAGGGAUGCUGGAAAUCAUGAAUUGGACCAAUAUGAUGAAGUGUGGAUGCUUAAUGGAGCUGAAAUCCUUUCAGGAAAGAAAAGAAAAGAUUUUGAGAAUAAGCAUGAUGAAAUAGAAAUGUCCGAUUCAAGAUUUGUUGAUUCUUCUUCCAUGAAGAAAGCCAGAGUCGUUUGGACUGUAGAUCUUCAUCAGAAAUUUGUCAAAGCUGUAAACCAUAUUGGAUUUGACAAAGUUGGUCCCAAGAAGAUUCUUGAUUUGAUGGGUGUCCCAUGGUUGACUAGAGAAAAUGUUGCUAGCCACUUACAGAAGUAUCGCCUCUACUUGACUAGGUUGCAGAAAGAAGAUGAAGCUAAAGACUCAUUUGGUGGGAUGAAGCAUCCGGAUGUUUCUUCUCAAGAAAUUUGUUCGAGUCUCAGCCUUCAGAAUCCAGUGGAUGUGUACACUGAUGUUACAAAUGACAAGUAUGUUUGUGUUUCUGGAGACAAAGCUAUUGUUCAAAAUGGGAAAUCCAACAUAUAUGAGAGCAAGGUAAAGGGUGUUGUUUCAGUGCCAGCUGCUGAGGCAAAGUCUGUGAUUGAAGAUAACUUUGAUUCUCAGACUGCUGGUUCAAAGAUAGGCCUCAAGGAUUCCUUUGGAUUGGUCAAUACUGAUGUAAAAAGUUCUAAGGUACCCACUCCAUACUGCUCUACUGGAGAAGCUCCACAACCUCAAUACAAGCAGCAAGACUUUAAACCACAUUUUCAGUCAGCUAAUGGGUUAAGUCACCAGCCACUGCCUGUGGUUUCUCAUCAAAUCCCAGUUGAUCGCACACAAGUGACUUGUUUUGUCAACCAUAUACCUUCUCAUGAAGAAAGGGACAGACAUCCAGAUACAAGAAAUAAACCUUCUUUCUUCAAGACCAAAAAUGGAGUAGGAAAGUUUUCUCCAGUAGAAAGUAAUGUUAACUUGUUUCAACCUGUGAGCCAUCAACAAACAAAUUUUCAUACUCUUGAGCAAAUGCCAAGUACUACAUGGAGAGCGACGAGUCACAAUGUAGUCAAUGGUUCACAAUCAAGCCUGGGAAAUCUAACUUUGAGAAGUGGUUCAAUUGUUGCAUCUGUAGGUGAGGAGAUUUUUGGUGCUUCUGUUCAAGGGGAAUGUUUUCUAGCUAAUAAUGGUCUUCCGAACAUUGAACAAUUUGACUACAAUGAUCCACAACCCAUUUCUGGAGUUCCAACAUACUUGUAUGAUACAUUGAGGUUUGAUUAUGAGUAUCCAAUUGAUUCAUUGGAAGGUAAUAUGAUGGACCAAGGUCUGUUCAUAGUCUAACCUUUAUCCCAUGGGAAGCUUUAGAUGGUAGACAAUAUAUGCAUUGCAUUGCUCAUCAACAACUGGUAAUGUGAUGCAUAGCUUCUCAUGGGGUGGGGU